GCGUGUUGCGGUGUUGGUCGUUUUGUUGUUUUAAUUUCAACAUCAUGAUCGUGGAAUAGAGAGUGCGUGGUGUAUUUAUAAAUGAACGCAAAUAACUUAGCUUUAAUUGAUCGUCCAGACUUUAAAAUUGUGAUACUUAUUUUCAUAAUACUUAAAUUUACUGUGUUAAUAUUUAAAGAUUUAAAUAAGACUGCCAAAGUGCCAAACCGAAUUAAGCCUAAAAACAAUUCAAACUUCGAAGUUUUGUUUCAAAUUUUGAGGCUAUUUUUAACAGAGAAAAAGAAGAAUAAAGUGGAAACUUUACAUACAUAAUGGAUUUUACUAAAGAACGUCUUAAUCCCAAUCCAAGAGAGAAGGCGACGCCUUUCGGCCUGCUUUUCUUCACAUAUACAAUAGGAAUGUUUAGAAAAGGAUAUUCAAAGACAUUUGAAGUGGAUGACUUAUAUAAUCCAAUCAAAAGUGAUAGAAGUAAGAUUUUAGGUGAUAGAUUAGAAAGAUCAUGGAAUAAUAUUUAUGAAAAAUCCGUCCAAAAAAAUCGAAAACCUAGUCUUUUAUUCGCUAUGAUUGCUUCAUUUUGGCCGGAAUAUACAAUUUUAGGAAUUAUAUUAGUUAUAAUGAACACAUCCUCUUUAUUACAACCUAUAAUGUUAGGAAAACUAUUAAAUUAUUUUAGGGAUGAUAGUGAUAUCACAAAGAAUCAAGCAUUUUUAUAUGCUGGAGCCGUAGUUUCUUGUAUAUUUAUUACUAGUUUAAUGAAUAAUCAUGUUUUUAUGGGUGGUUUUCAUUAUGGAAUGAAACUGAGAGCAGCAUGUUGUGCACUUAUAUACAGAAAG